AUGCAGUCGUCAGCUGUUGCUCUGUCCGUCGUCGGCGACGGCCAUCUGUCCCUGUCGGGCUCGACAAUGAUGGCCCAGACGGCCGGCGACCCCGCCUCCAGACCAGAAGCCCAUCCGGUCCUUUCUCCUUCUCCCACCAUCACCGCUGGGCUUCGCGACGGCAGCAUCGCUCACCUAUCCCCUCCCAAUGCGCCCGUUUACCAUAGUCCCAUACGCCAGCACCGGCGUACGCCUUCACACCACCGCGAGGUCAAGGAAACGCUCAACGCCGUUUCCGAGUUUGCCGAUGACGAAGAGGACGGCUUGGCACACCACAAAAUCAACCAGUACACCAUCAUAUCCUUGUUGGGCAGAGGCUCUUACGGCUCUGUCCAUCUUGCCACCGACCAGUAUGGUCAGGAAUUUGCAAUCAAAGAGUUUUCAAAGGCCCUCCUGCGUAGACGUGCGCGGAGCAACAUCCUGCGCAGGGGGCCUGUGGGCAGGAGGCCCGGCAUGCCGUUCAACUCGGCCGCAAGAUUCGACGGCGAGACAAAGGCCGAGGCUAUGGAUGCCCUUUACCUUAUCCGGGAAGAGAUCGCGGUCAUGAAAAAGCUCAACCACCCAAACCUCGUACAGCUGAUCGAGGUUUUGGAUGAUCCGGACCAGGACUCACUAUACAUGGUUCUCGAGGUGUGCAAAAAGGGCGUCAUCAUGUCUGUCGAUCUUGGUAAACCCGCAAGGCCGUAUGAUGCAGAAGCCUGUCGCUGCUGGUUUCGUGACUUGAUGCUAGGCAUUGAAUAUCUACAUGCCCAGAAUAUUGUACACAGGGACAUCAAGCCGGACAACCUGCUCAUAACUGAUGACGAUGUGCUCAAAAUCGGCGAUUUCGGCGUCUCCCAAAUAUUCGAAAAAAUGGGGGAAAUGCGCACAAGCAAAACAGCUGGUUCCCCAGCUUUCCUCCCCCCAGAGCUAUGCUCCCUGCACGGGGAGGUCUCCGGCACCGCCUGCGAUAUCUGGUCUAUGGGCAUAACGCUCUACUGUCUCCGUUAUGGCAGGUUGCCCUUUAAUCACGCUAGCAUUGUUGAUAUCUACAACGCAAUCACAAAUGAUGAGGCGAAGCUGCCAGAAGACGAAGACCCAGACUUUGUUGAUCUGAUGCAAAGAAUUUUGGAAAAAGAUCCGGGCAAGAGGAUUGUCAUGUCAGAGCUGAGGGAGCACCCCUGGGUCACAAAACGCGGCAAAGACCCGUUGUUGAGUGCCGAGGAGAAUUGUGCCGAGCCCAUUGAGCCUCCCAAUGCGUUGGAGGUCAACCAUGCCUUUACGCGAAACAUAAGCCACCUGCUUUGUGUCAUGAAAGCUAUCCGCAAGUUCAAGGGUCUCCUCUCCACACGAAGUCAAGAGAUUGAUGUUGGACUACUGCUGUCCGUUGGAAAUAAUACCGGUUUCCCUGUUGGCAAUACACCAAUUUUCGAGCCGACACCUGAGGCUACGGAGAUGCAUUCAGAGAUAGCUCGACUCGUCCAAGAGAUGAGAGAGAACAAGCGGAAAGCUGGUCUUCAGAUGCAGAAGAUUCGAAACGGCAUCCCCAGGGACACCACCAUUGCUGUUUCCAGCAAUCAUCUCCGCGAACAAUCAACCGACUCGGCAGACUUGAAGCAGGGUCCCAUGCCCUUGUUGGGGAUAGGAACUGGUGACGUGGACGAUUUCACGACCGAAGGGCGACAUGCCGCCGACAAUUGUGUGUCCGAGUCGCCAACAAAUGCUGACUUUGACAUCCAAGACCGAGCUUUCCAGUCGGAGCUCAACCGCACCCGGUCUCAGCAUGCCCGACCCUCCGUCUAUCCCAAAAACGGGCCAGAGCACAAGGAAGAUGAGCCGAUGGCCCCAGGCCGUCUGGACGGUCGAGCUGGCGUAUACUCUGUCUCACCGGGCGGAUUUGCGGAUUUGCCAGGUGAUGCAAAGAAUAUCGCAUUGGCAGACGUGGUUGCCUGUGCCAUGGAGGAAUCUCGGUCUUGA